GGGCUGGGCAGCCCCUGCAUAUGGCCAUCAAUUUAGGCCGAGAAUUAAGCUGUACCUAGUGGCUAUGACGUCUAAAAAUCAGUUGAAUAAAAGAGCUGCUCACCGCACUGUAUCAGUAGGUGAUUCACUGUAUGUGUGGGCUGGUGCCCGGGAUAGUUUACCCAAAAUACAUGAUAGUGAAGAGAAGAGAAGGAUCACUGGUAAUGUACAACACUUUACUCCUUCAACUGGUCAAUGGAUCACUAGAAGUACUACUGGCACUCCUCCAUUAGGAGUGAAAUCGUACUGCUGUACUGUAAUAAAUGAUCAAUUGUAUUAUUUUGGGGGCUUUUGUGGCCAUGAUGACUGCUAUCACAACAGCAUUAUACAACUGGAUACCGCUAGUUUUCAAUGGAGAGAAUUAGAAGCGACUGAUGCAACUAGACCAGUUAUGAUGAGGGGUAGUGGUGUAAUGAUAUCAUUUGAACAUGAUGGAGUGCACCAUUUAUUGAUGAUAGGAGGGGCAGGAUCUAAACCAGCGGUACAACUACCUCAUUAUAAAUAUAUUAAGUUAUCUAAUAGAGACUGGCGUACUAAUGAGCACUCGAUGUAUAAUCUGUCAUCAAGAAAAUGGAGUAAUCCUUUAAUCAUUGGUCAGUGUAUACCAUCUGCUAGUGGCUUUAUCAUUGAAAAGAUCAAUAACACGAGAGCUGUACUGUUUGGUGGAGUAGAGAUUGAUGGUGAUAAUAAGGCUACUAUUACUAACAAGAUUUAUAUAUUAGAGAUAUCGAUCAGCAGUGUGUCCUGGCAGUGUUUAAAGAAACCUGAAGCAAUAGACCAAUGGCCUAUGGGUAGAUGGGCUCAUGCAGGUUCUGUUAUUAUAACUGGAUCAGACUGUCCUAUGCUAGUGAUAAGUGGUGGGUGGAAUAAGAAUAGAGAUUUAUUAGAUGAUUGUUGGAUCUUUAACGUCACUCAGCAUUCCUGGAUAAAGUUAAAUGUACCUCACUCUGUUAGUAAGAGAUGGGCUCAUUCUCUCUCAGUGUUCAUUAUGAGUCUUCAUUGUGUCUGGAUAAUAACUGAUGGAGGUUAUGUCGAUUUGAGACGGGCAUUAGUCACUGACCCUAACAUUGUUACAUUAACAGAGCUAGUUACUAACAGUAAAGGAGAGUGGACAGUAAGGGAUACAUUAGAUACUAAUGGUAUGAAUAAUGAAGAAUACAAGAAGAAGUAUCAGCAGCAACUACAGUUAGUAAGAAGAAUAUGGUUGGAGGAGUACCAGAAACCAAGAAAAGGAAAUACAGCCGAUAUUGAGCAAACCGUACAAGCUCUUUUGAAGAGUCUUGAAGAGAAGGAGAGAGAAAGACAAGUUUUUCAUCAACAAUUGGAGCAGAAGGAAAGAGAAGAAGCAGAGAAAGAGCAAGAAAUAAGAAGAUAUCGUCAUCAGCUACAAGAGAAGGAUAGGGAGCAUCAGAUUGUACUGCAGAAGAAGGACCUAUUGAUACAACAGAAAGACGAGGAGCACCAGGUGGUACUACAGGAGCUACAGGAGAAUCGGGAGGCAUUACAACAAAAAGAUAUUGUGAUACUUAAGAAGGAUAAGGAGCUACAGGAGAAGGAUAAAGAGCUACAGCAGUCUCAAGAGGCAGUUCGUAGGUACCAGCAAAAAGCACUUACUGAUGAUCACUGGGUUAUUAAUAAAGAUGAGGUGACUUUGACAAAGGAGGAGUUAGGAAGAGGAUCUUAUGCUGCUGUUACAGUUGGUAUCUUUAGAGGUUUAAGAGUAGCUGUCAAGUCCCUUCAUACUAUCAUCAUCUCAGAUUAUAAUCUAGCUCUCUUCUCCAGGGAAAUGAAUAUAGCAUCACGAAUACGUCAUCCUAACCUGGUCCAGUUUAUUGGUGCAACUAAAGUGGGUAAUCCUCUUGUCUUGACUGAGCUGAUGAGCACUAGUCUUAAUCAGGAGCUUCACAAAAACCAAAUAACCAAUCAACAGAUUCUGAAUAUUGCUCAAGAUGUAGCUUUAGGCCUCAACUACCUUCACCUGUUUAAGCCCCAGCCUAUUAUUCAUAGAGAUGUCAGCAGUCCUAACGUAUUAUUAAAGCCUUGCUCUGGACCUGCUGGUUAUGAAGCUAAAGUAGCAGAUUAUGGUACAGCUAAAGUAAUGCAAGCUGAGAAUACUGGUACUAUUAUGCCAGGCAAUGCUGCAUAUGCUGCACCAGAAGCUCCUAUUCCUGAUCAACACAGUCCAGCAAUGGAUGUCUACAGUUACUCAAUUCUCCUUAUGGAAAUGAAUUUGUGCUCUCUACCAGAAAUGACGACAGCAGAGAGAGAAGUACAAGCUGGUAGUGUCUCCUGGUCUGAUAUGAAGUCUCUCAUACAAAGAGGACUUUAUGUUAAUCCUAAAGCUCGUCCUACUAUGGCUCAAGUAAUAGAGUCAUUGAAAGGGAUGAAGAUUUGAUUGCAUGUAAUUGAUUCUAAUUAUUACUACUGCCUUUUAGUUAGUUUUCUAUUAUUUUAGUAGGUUUUGUGUAUUUUCUUUAUUUGCUUUUUUCUUAAUGUUACAUUAUUUAUAGUGUUAAA